UGCGCCUUUUAUUUUUUAUUUUUCCCCCAAAUGCUGCAAGGCUUGACGCAUUCCCAUGCUGCUAUUACAGUACCUACCAUGCUGCUGCAGCUACUCACAAACAAGCUUUCUUCUACUGCACUGCUGUUAUGAUCCGGUUUACCUAACUGUGAAAGCAAAAAAAGAGGAGGGGAGAGGAAGAGGAGGAAAAUCUGCUGAGUUGGCAAAGCCUUUAGCAUCCUGCAAGCAUUUCUGGGGAAGGGUGACAGCAAGCCCAGCAAUGAAAUAUUCGGAGAGGAGAACUGACUUGCUGGAAUAAAAGGAAAAGAAAAGGACUGAGAAGAUUUUUUUUCUCCAAGAUUUGCUCUGGCCCAAGGGGGGAUUUGGAUUGCAGUAGAUGUGAAGGGGGCAUCAGAGUUGGCAUCCCUAGGUCCCCCAACUGUGUUUUGCCUUGAAGACCCUGGACGGGAUAGAAGGAGGGUGCUGCAGCAGCAAAGUGGUUACCCCCAGCGGCAUCCCCUCCCCCACCCCUCCUCCCCUGCAGCAAAAUGACCGUGAUAGCGGGAGAAAACAUGGACGAUACAUCAGCCCUUCCAGGUCACCCUCAAGACAGCUACCAACCUGACCACGAUGACCAUGAGUGCUGUGAGAGGGUGGUCAUCAACGUGGCUGGGCUGCGUUUUGAGACCCAGUUAAAGACCCUUGCCCAGUUCCCCAACACCUUGCUUGGAAACCCCAAAAAAAGGAUGCGCUACUUCGACCCUCUGAGGAAUGAGUACUUUUUCGAUCGCAACCGCCCUAGUUUUGAUGCCAUACUGUACUACUACCAGUCUGGGGGCAGGCUUCGUAGGCCGGUCAACGUACCCCUGGACAUGUUUUCUGAAGAAAUCAAGUUCUAUGAACUAGGGGAAGAAGCCAUGGAAAAAUUUCGUGAGGAUGAGGGCUUUAUCAGAGAGGAGGAGCGUCCCUUGCCGGAAAAAGAGUUCCAACGCCAAGUUUGGCUUCUGUUUGAGUACCCCGAGAGCUCAGGCCCAGCAAGGAUCAUUGCCAUAAUUUCUGUCAUGGUGAUCCUCAUCUCUAUUGUCAUAUUCUGCUUGGAGACUUUGCCAGAACUGAAGGAAGAUCGGAUCUUCAGCCGCAGAGUGGACAACAGUACAGUCUUUUUCAAAUCCAACAUCUUUACGGAUCCCUUCUUUGUGGUGGAGACCCUGUGCAUCAUCUGGUUUUCCUUUGAGUUGGUGGUAAGGUUUUUUGCUUGUCCCAGCAAACCAGAAUUCUUUAAGAACAUCAUGAACUUUAUUGACAUAGUGGCCAUUAUCCCAUACUUUAUAACCUUGGGGACUGAAAUGGCUGAACAAGAUGGUCCCCAAAAAGGGGGGGAGCAGGCAACCUCUUUGGCAAUCCUGAGGGUCAUCAGACUGGUAAGAGUCUUUAGAAUCUUCAAACUCUCCAGGCAUUCUAAGGGCCUCCAAAUUUUGGGACAGACCUUGAAAGCUAGCAUGAGAGAAUUAGGGUUGCUUAUCUUUUUUCUGUUCAUUGGGGUCAUCUUGUUCUCCAGCGCAGUGUACUUUGCUGAAGCAGAAGAGGAUGACUCUCAUUUUACCAGUAUCCCUGAUGCUUUCUGGUGGGCGGUGGUAUCCAUGACCACUGUGGGCUAUGGUGACAUGUACCCUGUGACAAUUGGAGGCAAAAUUGUGGGCUCCUUGUGUGCCAUUGCUGGUGUCCUGACAAUUGCCCUGCCUGUACCUGUCAUCGUGUCCAACUUCAACUACUUCUACCACCGAGAAACUGAGGGUGAAGAACAGGCUCAGUUGCUCCAUGUUAGCAAUCCCAACUUAGCCUCUGACAGUGACCUGAGUCGACGCAGCUCUUCCACUAUGAGCAAAUCUGAGUACAUGGAGAUCGAAGAAGAUCUGAAUAAUAGCAUAGAUAAUUUUAGAGAGUCGAAUCUGAGAACUGGCAACUGCACUGUAGCCAAUCAGAACUGUGUUAACAAAAGCAAGCUACUGACAGAUGUGUAGAGCCACGCCCCCUUCCCACAGCUGCAGGAUCUCAUUGGCUCUGCCACUCUCCGUAGAUGCUUUAAAACUAGUCUUUUGAAUGCUUUACCAUCGUUAAUGCAUUGUUGCAUUGCGAAUUUGUGCUCAGCGAUCAAAAAUAAAUAAAUACAGAAGCUUUCAGGAUCCGUGAAAGAUAAUUAUCAUUUAUUUUUAAAUGGAAAUGUUUUUUUUCUUUUUGGUUUUUGUUCCCACUGGUAUUUGGGAAGUGUCUCCCAACCAGUGGUCAUAGAUAAAGGGGUAUAAACGAAGUACUACAGGACAGCAACUUAACACUUUCUUCCCUUUGCUUGUCAAUCUUAAAGUUUCAGAACAAAACCAUUGAUGAAAAGAUAUGCAUGGAUUUUUUUCAGCAGCUUUCUUGAAAGACAGUUGCUUUGAGCAUCCAAGGAAGUUCUCCUUAACCAAGGAGUUAACAUGAAGUAUGCAAUUACUUGCUCUUUUUUUGACCUGAAGAAGUGUAUUACUGUCCAGUGAAAUAUUAUGCACUUAAACGAUGACCUGAUCCAUAAAGCACCUUAGGAAUCAAUCCAUGACUUUGCUCCAUCUUAAAGGGAGAGGGACAUAUAUUUUAAAAAAAACAUUUAAAUGGAAAAAAAAUGGACAGACAUCUGCAAUUGCUGCUAGAGUUUUCUUUCUUAAAUGCAGAUGAGUUCGACCUUUUUUAAAAAUUUCUUUUUGGUUCACAAAACUUGGAUGCAACUACCCCUCUUCUCUUUAUGCCUCUCCUUCCUCAUCAUCCUCGUUGCAAGACAGCACAAUGGUAUUAAUCAUAAGCAUGUUUUUCAAUUUGAUACCAGUUGUAUUUAUUUGAUAAUCUCGCAUGCUUGAAAUGUUACCUCAAAAAUACGGAGGAUAAGUUUUAUUUUUCCUUUGAUUCGUAUUAUUUAAAAAAUUCCUAAUUGUAUUACUUUGUCUUCCAAAGGGGUUUGCAUCAACUUGCAGUGCAAGAUGCUGUGCCCCUCUCUGGCAAAACAAAGGAUGAACUUAAAUCAUUUUUUUUUUAAAUGUUAUUUAUUAUUUUAAUGUUAUUUCAGUUAUCAUUUGCAUUCACCAAAAGUGCACUCCUAAUUUCUGGAAAACAAAAAAAAAUUGAAAAAGAAACUUUAAAUUAGUAAUUUGCAGUACUGUAUGUAAACGCAUAGCAAGUCAAAUGGGGACAAUAAUCUUUUCUUAGAAGACCACGCAUGUUCAAGUAUUCAGCAUUAUGGCCUAUUUGACUAAGGUGUAAUUCGAAGUAAACUUAUGCAUGAUAUCAGUAUUAAAGAAAAAAAAAAAGAAAAAAAUUAAAAAAGAAAAAAAGAAAAAUGUUCUUAAUGGAUUAGGAGCCAGUUGGAAUAUAAGGGCCUAUUGCUUUUCCUGAAGUAUGACUCAGGGAAAUAUGUUAACUUUUUCCAGGCAUAACUAUUAAAAACAAAAAUGUAAAAAUACAAGGGAGACAGUAGGAUUUUGAUAAAAGUCGAAAAGGAUAGUAUGUAGUGAUACCUAAGACUUAUAAAAACAAUGAUGUGAGUAGAUUUACUGAACUGGUGCAGAUGCAUGCAUUUUGCUGCAGUCUCAGAAUGUAAUUUUACCAUUUACAGUAUGCAUUAAAAACUGCAGACCACAUUCCUAGCCUCUCAUCAUUUGACAUCCAUAGACUUUUUUUUACGGCUCUAGAAUGUGCUAUGUUCUAGAGAGGAGAACGAUCGAGAUCAGGAAUGGGUUACCUGUGGCUCUCCAGCUGGUAAGGAAAGACAGCUCCCCGCAUGCUUUGCUAAGAGUAGUAAUGACUCCCAUAAAGCCCUGUUGUUCUCUUGUUGUUGAGAGCUGACGUUCUUCAUGGCAAAGGAUGCUAGGAGUUGUCCGUCCUUAAUACCUAGAAAACUGGAGGUUGCCCAAGCCUCAUCUACAUAGUUGCUAGUGCCUUUAUCCUUCCUUCACCGACUUUGCUGAAAGUGCCUCCGUGACUAGAGCUAAGAUGUACAGGAACUGUACUGUGUAAAAAACAAAAAAGUCUUGAUAACUUCAUAUAAAUCCCUAGGGGUUUGAUCUCCCCUUGUGUCCCCAUAUAUAUAUAUAUAUAAAAAAUCUCUGAUGUACAGAGCAGGGCCAGUAUGCUUGGAUGUAUAUUAUCUUGAAAGAUCAUUUGUAUAAAUAAUGCUUUUUAUUUGUUAAGCAACUAAAAAGCUUUUUAUAUUGCUUAUGUGCUGUAUGAAAAACAAAAACAAACCAUCUUUCAGCCUAUGGGAAAAGUUUAUGCACUUAACAAGCUACAAACUUUUUUUUAAUUUAAUUUGCUGUUUCGUUAUUGUCCUAUUAGGUUUGUCUUCCUGUUGCGAGAAUACCUACCCAAUACAUAUGCAAUGCUGCAGAAUGUUAUUUACUAUUUUAGACGCACAAUGCCAUGGGUAUCCAAAUAUGUUUAUACCCUGAAAAUAA